UCCCAAAACGCCUAGUUUUUCCGACCGCCUUCGCCCGGCAGAAGCUCUGCCCGAGACGGACAUCGCACCCGACCUAUUCCUACUCCGCCAUCACCAAAACCCUGCCGUAUUUUCUUGCUUGUUGCAGAUAAAUUACUAUCGCAAUGGCCGACUCCAACGAAUCCAAGCCGGUUGUGCCGGUCCAGAGAUCGACCAAGCCCGUCAGCGAGGCCUUGCUGAACGAGAAGUGGGAUCGCGCCAUCUCCUCGGUGCUUAUCCGUUCUUCGCUCGGUCUGUCGUUCGGUGUUGUCUUCUCGGUUCUCCUGUUCAAGCGCAGAGCGUGGCCCGCGUGGGUUGGUCUUGGUUUCGGAGCUGGACGUGCAUGGGAAGAGGCAGACUCUUCCUUCCGCCGGGGCGACUCGCCUCUGAGAGAUGCGCUGCGUCGGUAGAUGGAUAAAAUUAUUAUGUACGAUACCUGUACAGCUGCGAACAAGUUAGAUGGAGAUCC